AGAAACAAAUCUAAAUCCAAAAAUCCGAAAUCAGCUUUUUUUUUCAACUUAAAAAAUGUAUAUUUUGUGACAUUUCAUGUAAUUUCCCUAAAAACAGAGGGUACCUUCAUCACCACCUCGCCUACCUUUCCGUUUCUAUAUAAGCCCUCUUUCUCUAACUUAACUCUGAUAGCCGUCUCGCCCUCAUCACUUGGUGUUUUUAUUUUUUAAAAUUUAUUUAUUUUUUCUAAAUAAAUCAUUCAAUUUUUUUUCCGAUUUUCCCGUAGAUCAAUAAGCUUCCAGUUUUUCUCAGCUGAUUCAGAUCUUAGCCGUUGAGAAUGGCGGCAUCAAUAGCUGGGGGAACGCAAUGGUACAAAGCGAAAGUCAAGGCAGUUCCAUCGGGGGAUUGCUUGGUAGUAACGUCCAAUUCCAGUACCAGGCCUGGACUCCCACCUGAGAAAACCAUUACCUUGGCAUCUAUCAUUGCUCCCAGACUGGCCCGUAGAGGAGGUGUUGAUGAGCCGUUUGCCUGGGACAGCAGAGAAUAUUUGAGGAAGCUUUGCAUAGGAAAGGAAAUCACUUUCAGAAUCGAAUAUGCUGUACCAAGCAUUGGCAGAGAAUUUGGCUCUGUUUACCUUGUUGACAAAAAUGUUGCAAUGUUGGUUGUCUCUGAAGGCUGGGCGAAGGUUAGGGAGCAAGGACAGCAGAAAGGGGAAGCAAGUCCUUUUCUUUCUGAUUUGCUGCGCCUUGAAGAGCAAGCCAAACAACAAGGUUUGGGUCGAUGGAGCAAGGUACCUGGUGCUGCUGAGGCUUCUAUCAGGAAUUUGCCUCCAUCUGCCAUUGGUGACCCUAGUAACUUGGAUGCCAUGGGUCUUCUAGCUGCAAAUAAGGGUAGUCCAAUGCAAGGUGUUGUCGAGCAGGUUCGUGAUGGUAGUACUCUUCGAGUCUAUUUGCUUCCAGAUUUUCAGUUUGUGCAAGUGUUUGUUGCGGGUAUCCAGGCCCCAUCAAUGGGUAGAAGGGCAGCUGUAGAAACUGUUGUUGAUUUGAACUCUGAUGAACAAAAUGGAGAUGCUUCAGCCGAGCCACGGGCUCCUUUAACAUCUGCACAGAGGCUUACUGCCUCAUCAGCAGCUACUCCUGAAGUUGCCCCAGAUCCAUUUGCACCAGAAGCUAAAUAUUUUACUGAAGUUCGUUGUUUGAGUAGAGAUGUCCGCAUUGUCCUUGAAGGUGUUGACAAAUUUAGCAAUUUGAUAGGGUCAGUUUAUUAUCCUGAAGGUGAAACGGCUAAAGACCUCGCUUUGGAGCUUGUGGAAAACGGUCUAGCAAAAUAUGUUGAAUGGAGUGCUAAUAUGAUGGAAGAUGAUGCCAAGCGGCGGUUGAAAGCUGCAGAGCUUCAAGCCAAGAAGACUCGGCUGAGGAUCUGGACAAACUAUGUACCCCCAGCUACAAACUCAAAGGCAAUUCGUGAUCAAAACUUCACAGGAAAGGUUGUGGAGGUUGUUAGUGGGGACUGCAUUGUUGUGGCUGAUGAUUGUGUCCCAUAUGGCAGUCCUCUCGCGGAGCGCCGAGUCAAUCUUUCAAGCAUUAGAUGUCCAAAAAUGGGCAAUCCUCGUAGAGAUGAAAAGCCUGCUGCUUAUGCCCGGGAAGCAAGGGAGUUUUUAAGAACACGCCUUAUUGGAAGACAGGUGGAUGUACAAAUGGAAUAUUCCAGGAAGGUCACCAUGGCAGAUGAAGCUAUGGCUACUGCUGCACCUGCAGAUUCAAGGGUAAUGGAUUUCGGCUCGGUCUUCCUUAUGUCUCCUGUUAAGGGUGACGGUGACGAUGCUUCUGCUGCUGCCUCAUUCACAGCUGGUAGCCAGCAACCUGGCUUGAAUGUCGCUGAGAUGGUGGUUGGACGUGGCUUUGGCACGGUGAUAAGACAUAGGGAUUUUGAGGAAAGAUCUAACUAUUAUGAUGCCCUUUUGGCUGCUGAAUCUCGUGCUAUUUCUGGGAAGAAAGGAAUUCAUUCUGCCAAGGAUCCUCCAGUCAUGCACAUAACAGACCUUACAGUGGCAUCAGCCAAGAGAGCUAGAGACUUCUUGCCAUUCCUGCACCGGAGCAGGAGGGUUCCAGCUGUUGUGGAAUAUGUCUUAAGUGGUCAUCGUUUUAAGUUGUUGAUCCCUAAGGAAACUUGUAGCAUUGCGUUUUCGUUUUCUGGUGUCAGAUGUCCCGGCCGUGAUGAGCCCUAUUCAGAUGAAGCCAUAGCACUGAUGAGACGAAAGAUCAUGCAGAGAGAUGUGGAGAUUGAAGUGGAAACUGUCGAUAGAACUGGAACAUUUUUGGGUUCUUUGUGGGAGUCGAGAACCAAUAUGGCUGUGACACUCCUUGAGACUGGCCUUGCAAAGCUACAAACUCCAUUUGGUGCUGACAGGAUUUCUGAUUUUCAUCUUCUUCAACAGGCUGAGCAAUCUGCCAAGAGGCAGAAACUGAAAAUUUGGGAGAACUAUGUUGAAGGAGAGGAAGAUUCUAAUGAACAAGCCACCAUCGAAAGCAAACAAAAAGAAUUGCUGAAGGUUGUGGUUACGGAAGUAUUGGGUGGUGGAAAAUUUUAUGUCCAGACGGUUGGAGAUCAGAGAGUAUCAUCUAUUCAGCAAAAGCUUGCAGCUUUAAAUAUUCAAGAAGCUCCUGUGAUUGGUGCUUUUAAUCCUAAGAAGGGUGACAUUGUCCUUGCUCAGUUUAGUAUGGAUAAUUCUUGGAAUCGUGCAAUGAUUGUCAAUGCACCUCGAGAAGGAGUUGAAUCUCCGAAAGACAAGUUUGAAGUGUUUUAUCUUGAUUAUGGGAAUCAAGAGGAGGUUCCAUACAGUCAAUUAAGACCACUUGAUCCAUCGGUAUCAUUGACUCCCGGGCUUGCUCAGUUAUGCAGUCUUGCAUUUCUUAAAGUUCCAAGCCUCGAGGAUGAGUUCGGUACUGAGGCCGCCCAGUUUUUGAGUGAGCAGACAUUAGGAAGCUCACUGCAGUUUAAUGCUGUUAUAGAGGAAAGGGAUGCUUCUGGUGGAAAAGUCAAGGGACAGGGAACUGGUACUGUUCUCAUUGUAACUCUCCAUGCUGAGAAGUCAGAUCUUAGCAUUAAUGCUGUAAUGUUGCAGGAGGGACUAGCUAGGUUGGAGAAAAGGAAGAAAUGGGAACCGAAGGAGAGAAAGUCGAUGCUCAAUCGUUUAGAGGAUUUGCAGAACGAGGCGAAAACUGCUAGGCGUGGGAUUUGGCAGUAUGGAGAUGUGGAGUCGGACGAUGAGGAUUCACUUCCUCCAGUUGCAGCUAAGAAAACCGGGGGACGGCGAUAGAAUAAGGUAAACCAAAAAUCUCUUGGGGGUACACACCAAAUGAGUUUAAGUUAUACGUUCCCCUCAUUUGAUAAAAAAGGUUCUCAACCUGAACUUGCUUAAAUUUCGGCUUUAUUUUAAUCUUCUUUAUCAGAUCUUUUUUGUUUUAAAUUUUCUUUUAUUAGAGAGGGGACAAUUUUUUUUAUACAUGUUUAAAUAAGGCGAGCUGUAGCAUCUCUGUUCUGACUCCAUUGCUAGGGAAACAUUAGAAACAUUUUUGUUUUAUAUUUUAUAUUUUGGCUUUUGGAUUAUUUUUGUGGUAUGAGAACUUACUUCCCUUUAUAUUGCUAGCAUGGUAUGGUAUUGAAAUGUAUCCUUUUGGUAAAAUAAUUUUAACUUUUAAAGAAGACUU